GCCGACACCGUCCUGGGCUAGAUCCCAAAGAGUCGCCGCGGCUCCCUCGCGUUCCCUCGAGCCCGAGCCGGGGGAUGUUGCUGCUGCUGCUCCCGCCACCGCCGCCGCUGGUGGCGCUGCUGCUGCCUCCGCAGCCGUGGCCCUGCGGGCCUCGGAGUUGCUGCUGCGGCUGUCGCUGCUGCUGCUGCUACCGCUGUCGCGCGAGCCUCGCUGCCGCCUCUCCGGCUCGGCCUCAGCCUCUCCCUCAGAUUCCGCAACCGCGCGGGCGGCGGCGCCGGGCACCGAGGAGGCGCCAGCGGAGAGGAGGGGCUGGAGCCGGGGCUGCUGCAGCAGCAGCAGCAGAAGGCGGAGCCGACCACGGGGCCUACCUCGCCUGGUCUUUGCCCCUGCCUUCUCCGCUCCUACCGGUUCCCCUCUACCUCCUCCCUGUCCCAGCCUCCCGUUGCAUUCCGGCCCCCCUUUCCCCGGGGCUCGUGCUUUCCCAGGCUCCGGGACCCGAGACGCUACGGGUUCCUAUUGGACCUGAAAUAAAUUCAAAGAAGAGACAGGAAAAUAUGGGGCCAGGGAAAGAAGACCCAAUGAAGAAGAGGAAUAAAAAGAAAAAAGAUUAUCGACCUAAUUAUUUCCUCUCUAUUCCCAUCACCAACAAAGAGAUUACAAGAGGAAUACAAACCCUGCAAAACACAAUAAUACAGCAAGAUAAGCGGCUGUCCAGAGUAAUGUCCAAUUGUGGUUCCUUCCAUGUUACUCUCCUAGUGAUGCAUUUACUAAAUGAAGAGGAAGUUAACAUAGGUAUAGAUGCUCUUUUGGAGAUAAAAACAUUAAUAGAAGAAAUACUACAAGGAAAAGAUUUAAAUUUGCCCUUUCAAGGAGUUGGCAAUUUUGGAAAUCAGGUUGGAUUUGUGAAAUUGGCAGAAGGAGAUCAUGUACCUGUACUUCUAGAGAUAGCAGAGGCAGCUAAGAGAACAUUUCAAGAAAAGGGUAUCAUGGCAGGAGAAAACAGAAGUUUUAAGCCCCAUUUAACUUUCAUGAAACUGUCAAAAUCACCAGAGCUCAGGAGAAAGGGAGUGAAAAAAAUAGAUCCUGAACUCUACGAAAAAUUUGCAGAUCACAAAUUUGGAGAAGAAUCAUUGUACCGUGUAGACCUUUGUUCCAUGCUGAAGAAAAAGCAAAGCAAUGGCUACUACCAUUGUGAAUCUUCCAUUGUGAUUGGUGAAAAGAAUGGAAGAGAGCCAGAUGAUGCUGAACUGGUGAGGCUCAGCAAGAGGCUGGUGGAGAAUGCCGUCCUCAAGGCUGUGCAGCAAUAUUUAGAAGAAACACAAAACAAAACUAGGCAGGUGGAUGGAAGCCUCGUGAAAGCUGAAGAGUCCAUGCAAUCGGACCGAAAGGACAGUGAUAAUAACAGGAAAUGAGAAUUGAUUGAUUAUCACCUCCCAAAAUGCCUAUGGAAUUCCUCCCAGCUUUGAUUCACGAAGUCACAUUGAUCGACUUGCCUUGUCCUGGCUCUCAAAGCAUGUCUCGAUUGAAAUGUGGCUCCUGUCCUAAUAUGCUUUCCGGGGAGAGGUGUCUGCAUUUCUGAUAAAUGAAUAGAAUGCUGGGACCAAGGGGGCAUGAGGCCAUGAAAAAAGAGAGACUCGAGUUCUGCCUACUCCUAUUUGCUAGGGCGUCUUCAUCUUACAAGAGAUGGGGACCAGAUUUUUGUCCAUGCCACGCACGCUGCAUUUAUGGCCAUGGAAGAGGCCUUGCCAUAAGUGGAAAUAACGCCAUCCGCCUUGCGAAACAGCAGGGUUUUAUGACUGCUUGUUUUGAGGCCAAAAAUCGCAAAUUCUGCCAUUACAAAGCCAACCAGUGCUAAGUUAACCCUGGCCAUUAUAGAAGCGAUCACCAUCAGUACAACUGUCCUGUAUGUAAUGUUUCUGAUAUUUGUUCUGAUCG